CCAUUCAACCAAAUGAAAAUGGAGGACCUUGGAACAGUAGAUUCCCAUUGUCAUGCUGCCACUAAUCUGAUUGUGUCACUUGUGCGAUUGAUGGAGUUCACCUUCCAUCUUAUGCACCUAAUCUUAUAUUCAGGACAAGUAUAAAAAGCGAAGCUUUUCUCAACUCCCAUUCAGACAAGAGAGAAGCUCCACUCUUCUCCACCCCAAGAGAAUUGAAGCCAAGCAUGGAGAAUGGAGGGGAAGAAGAUGACAGAGCAAGCCGAUGCAAGAGGAUUACCAGAGAAUCAGAUGCAACCAAGAAUGGUGCAGCGACCAAGCUGCAAGCUUUGAGGCUCGUCGAGGACCUCUCCCUCCCUUCUGUGCAGGUGGUGGUGAUGAGCGCCAACAUGGGCUGUUCGCACUGCCGACAGCGGGUCACAAAGGUUGUCUCCAAGAUGAACGCAGGGUUGCUAGAUUACAUGGUGGAUUUUGGGAAGAAGGAGGUGACAGUGAGAGGGACGAUGGUGCACACCAAGAAGAAGAGGAAGCAACACAAGAAGAAGCAUGAGGAAAACAAGAAGGGAAUCGCUGCAAACUGGGAGAAGAAAUCGUCUUCUCAGAGCAAUGACAGCGCCAGGACGCUGGCCUGGUUUCUACGAUGCUACAGUUCAUAGCAACUACUACUAUCUAGUGCAUACUAUAGUCUACAUAUAGUGUUACUUAUAUACUACUAAUAUAUAUAGAUAUAUCUAGAAGCUAUAUAGCUGCUCGAUUAAUUGUUUAUUUUUCUCUUUAGUUUCUUCUUGCAAUUUCUUUCUUUCUCAUGUUUUAUUAUUUUUCUUUUUGAUUGAAAAUAACGUAUGAUGGUAGGAAAUGUGUAUAUUCUGCCCAUAACUGUGCAUUAUAAAAUCCUCUAUUUGCAAG